CAGCGACAGGCUUUUUACAGUCUAUUAAGAGGAAGAGUCACGCGUUUCAAUUACAAAUAAUACAGUUUUGGAGACAUUUUGAAAAAGAAAUCUGCAGAAUUUAGCCUUUGUUCUGAACUGCAAAGCGCAGUAUGGUUGGAGACGCCUGGGCUUUUGGGAAAUAUCCAGAAAUCUAAGAAAGGCUACUGUGUUAUUUAAACGCUAACGAUCUUAAUUCUUUCCUAUUAUACCUAAGUUUUAAUUAUGUUACUCUUCAGAACUUCGUCAACUGUAGGACUGGUUGCCGUUUUACUGAGUUUGUGGAUUCAACAGAGCACCUGGAAAGCGGUGGAAUCGAUUCAUCCAGCAUGUGCUCUGGUAGCUGAGCAUAUGAAGUCUCAAGAGCAAUGCAUUCACACACAAGGACAAGAGGCCCACAACAGCAACAAUAUCACUGGGUGCCGUACAGAGUGGGAUGAAUUUUGGUGCUGGUACAGGGCUGAGAUCGGACAGGUGGUCAACGUCUCCUGUUCUGACAUCUCGCAGCUAUUCUCUACUAAUCAUGGUUACAUACUCAGAAAUUGCACCAAGGAUGGUUGGACAGAAACCUACCCAUCCUAUGAGAAUGCUUGUGAGAUUGUGGAGGAUGUGGAAUCAGAGACCGAGACCACAUAUUUUUCGACUUUCAGGCAAGUGUACACUGCGGGCUAUGCUACUUCUUUGAUUUCCCUCAUCUCUGCCAUCUUUGUGUUUACGGCCUUAAGGAAGUUCCACUGCACCAGAAACUACAUUCACAUUAAUCUGUUUGCCUCCUUCAUCCUGAGAGCCAGUGCGAUCUUUAUCAAAGAUGGAGUGCUAUUUGCUGAUGAGGAUCUAGACCACUGUUUCAUGUCAACAACUGCAUGCAAGGCAGCGGUGGCUUUCUUCCAGUUCAGUAUCCUGGCUAACUAUUUCUGGCUGCUCGUUGAGGGGAUGUAUCUACAGACACUUCUAGCUCUUACUUUUGUCUCACAGAAGAAGUAUUUCUGGUGGUACAUCCUUAUUGGUUGGGGUCUACCAACAAUAAUACUGACCAUUUGGGUUCUGGCAAGAAAUUUUUUUGACAACAGAGGGUGCUGGGAUGACACAGAUGUUGCUUACUUUUGGUGGAUCAUCAAAGGACCAAUCACAGUGUCUCUUCUGAUCAAUUUCUUUAUCUUCAUAAAUGUGAUCCGGAUUCUUGUGCAGAAACUAAAGUCUCCUGGAAUGGGAGGCAAUGAUUCCAGUCACUUCAUGAGACUGGCCAAGUCUACUCUUUUCCUUAUCCCUCUGUUUGGCAUGCACUACAUGGUGUUUGCCUUCCUGCCAGAGAACACAGGAGAGAACGCUCGCCACUUCCUUGAGCUUGGACUGGGCCCCUUUCAGGGAUUUGUUGUGGCUCUGUUAUACUGUUUUCUUAAUGGAGAGGUACAAGCAGAACUAAAAAAGAGACUCUGGAAGUGGCAGACACAAAGUUAUUUGAGAUACAGUAAAAGGAGACGAACCCUCUUUACUGAGAGCAGCACAGUCACACAAAUCUCAGUUUUAGAGAAAUCCAGCCCCAAAGAGCUGCCCUUAAUUGAGUCCCAGAACAGUGUGUCGAAGGUCUAAAAGCAAGGGAGCUCUUCAAUUCAUCUCUUUCCCUCUCUCUUGCUGUUUUUCUCCCUCUCUUAUUCCAUUAAACCUCUAGACCAGAAAACACUAGGCUAUCUAUUUAUUUUACAUUUUGAUAUGGUUAUAAAUUUGUUGCUAAAACUAUCCAGAGUAUCAAAGACAUAAUUUUUAUUCCAUACACCACUGAGACAAGAUUUCAACCAUAUACAGAUAAAAACACUCUCCCUGUAUUCAUAAUACAAAAGCACAAAAUCACAUUGCCCUGUUUCCUCCUCGUUUCAAGUUUGAUGUCUGGCACUCACUACAGUAUUUGCAUCUUUAGCAAAUAGUGAUCAUCAUUUAACUGCGUUAAUGUAAAACCAGUUGCUCUGUAAUUUAUAUUUAUAACCUCCGUAGUUUGUCAUAUGAGACUUGUUGUCUACACUGCUUGACUUGAAAGCUGGGAUAGUUUCAUACCUCUAUGCUUUGCUCAGACGUUAAGAAGCUGAUCACUUGCUAUUUACCUUAAUUAAAGACCUCACUUUGGAUUAUCCACAAAUCAUAGCAAACAAUCGAGAAAUGUAUUUUCGUAUUCAUAAAUGCAUAUUCAUAAUGUUUUAUUUUGUAAAUUGUGAUUCAGUGCAACAUAUUGCACAGUGCACUGGCCCUGUAUACCAUAUAUACAGAAGUGUAAAAUGACUACGGGGCAUACAAAGUAUUUUUCUUAACAGGUGUUUUCAAGAUAUUUUAUUCAUUCUAAAUUACAUUUAGUUAAAAUAAAGCUUUUUCUUAGUAUAUUCAUAAGAAAAAAAAUAUUCAUAAAAAAAAAAAAAAAAAAAUAA